AUGGUUGUAGAUUACUUAAGCACCAUGAGUAUGACUUGUUUUGAUGGUCCUUCAGAAAGGCCAGCAAAAAGGAAGAGAAAGAACCAAUUCAAGGGUAUCCGCCAACGCCCCUCGGGUAAGUGGGCUGCUGAAAUCAGAGAUCCUAGCAAGGGUGUCCGUGUUUGGCUUGGUACUUUCAACAGUGCUGAAGAAGCCGCAAGAGCUUAUGAUGUUCAAGCACUCAGGAUCCAUGGCAAGAAGGCCAAGGUUAACUUUCCAGAGGAACCGGCAGUUCAGGAACCUAAAGCACCCAAGCCAAGCGCAACACAGGAACCUACCGUCACACCAGCAGUCAACAACCCUGCCAACACAAAUGCUUUCAUGUACCCAUCUGCUGACUUUGCAUCAAACCAACCACUUAUUCAGCUUGAUAACGUGCCAUUUGUUCCUACGAUGAACUAUGUUGCCCCUGUUGAAGCUCUUGCUAUGAACAUGUACUUUGGCGAGGGAAGCAACAUUUUUGGCUGGUCUGACUUGGGCUGGGAGUAUGACAUCAAGACUCCAUAUAUAUCAUCCAUGGCUCCCGUUUCCACUAUUGCUGAAGGAGCAGAAUGUGCGCCUGUUCACAGUAACACCUACAACUCAAUGGUGCCUCCUGUUAUGGAGAACGAUGUCGUCGACAACAUGGACCUUUGGAACUUUGAUGACAUGCCCAUCUGUGACGAAUUUUUCUGAGGGAUUCAAAUCCCCUGUGUAUCGGGACAAAGGGAUAAGACCAUGGGAGAUUGGGAAGCACCCUAUUGUCACCUUCGGCCAGCAUAUGCUUAUGUCCAAGUUUAGAUGCAAAAAAGUCGCAUCCUAAGUCUCUUUUGUAAUCGACCCUUUCCCUAAUUGAUUGUCUGUGUGGUAGCCAUUUAUGAUGAACCGUUGUCUUUAUCAUUUGUCAACUUUGAUGUCGUUGCUAUCAUUUCUAAAUGUGAACAGCAUGAAUUUGUGUCCAAUUUGC